GAUCAUUAGAAUCACUAAAUGAAAGUAGUCAAAUAUAUUAUUUGAUUAUUUGAUUAGUUGAUUUAUCGGAUUCGCACUAGUUAAACUUGGUUUAUUCGUUCAGCAUCAUGAUGACUGGAACGUUCGCUGUUGAGGGAGCUGAUGAUGAGAAAAGAGUGAGAGUUAAUCUCUCAUUUGGUGUAUUGUUGUUUUUCUAAUUUUCUUCUAAUUCUUUAAAUGUAAUUUUUGUUUUCUUUUCUAUUUAACGAACUUGUUUAGACAUUAAUGUCCUUGUGUCUCUCUUUUCUUUCUCUCCCUCGUCACCAAUCUCCCUCACAUUCUCCCUUCUAUUCUCACUUACCUGUUCUCUCUUAAACUCGGUGUUUUUCACUCUUCAUUUCAUCGCAAUAUCUUCAGCUGUCUAAAUCUUCAAACAUCAUUUUCUUUGCUCUUUCUACUCUUAUAUUUACAUUCUCGAGGAGAUUUGUUUAUAUUUGGAUCAACCUCUCUCUCUCUCUCUCUCUGGAUUAACAAAGGAAAUCCAGUGUAUUUUGUGCCUUAUUCUGUCAAAAAUUCUGUUCCUUUUAUCGUGUGUUCUUCCUUUCUGGUGAUUUCGAAGUGACUUUAUUAACUUUGGUUCUAAAAUAUUGAGUUGAUAAAAGUGAAUUCGAGGAAGAGCAUAAGAGUUUUGAAGACCUAGUCGGACUAACGAUUAUAUUGAGAUUACGGUGUUUGAUUUUUUGAUUAGUUUAUUGAAUUGCUUUGAAUUUAACUCAAGUUUCUUUUAAUUGUUUAACAAGUUCAACAGAAAAUGACAAACUCAUCUGAAAUUGUUAUCGGAAAUCCAAGUUUGAGUGAAGCUCUAGAGGACUGGCCUCCUGGUCCCUUGGAUUUAUACCGAAAAAAAGCUUCAUUUUGUUGGAAGAAAAUGAGGAUCCUUAUGGAGGGUGAAGACAUCAUUCGAUUCAAGGCUAAAGUUUGGUCAACUUUAGGCAAAGAUCCUCUUUUCAAACGAACACCAUGGGAAGAAUUGUCCAGAGAUGAGGAAAGACGAUUAACCUUGAUGAGAAUGAAACGUUUAAUCGAAUACGAUUUUCUCACCGAAGAGGAAUUUAUUCGUAACCCAAUGUUGGCACCGAUCGCAGGUCAAACAAUUGGACAAUAUUCACUUUCUUUGUGUGUGAAAAAGUUUCUCGCUUAUGAAUAUUUCAUUGGAAAUGCUCGAACUGCCGGUUCCAAACGCCAGAAUAAAUUCAUGGCCGAUGUCAAGGCUUUCAAAGCUUUAGGUGCCAUAAGUUUAACUGAAAUGGCUCAUGGCAGUAACACCAAGGCGAUGAGGACAACAGCGACCUUUGACCCAAAGACACAAGAACUUGUCUUACAUACACCAGACAUGGAAGCAGUCAAGGUUUGGUCCGGUGUUUUGGGACAAACAGCCACUCAUGCCGUCGUCUUUGCUCAAUUGAUUACUCCUGAUGGUGUUUGCCAUGGACUUCACUCAUUUUUAGUUCCUGUUCGAGAUCCAGAAACUUUAUUACCCUUCUCAGGAAUAACUAUUGGUGAUAUGGGGCCAAAAGUGGGACUAAAUGGUAUUGAUAAUGGUUUCAUGAAAUUUGAUCAUUACCGAAUCGGUAAAGACGCUUUGAUGAAUCGUAGUGCGGAUAUUACUCCCGAAGGUGUUUAUGUGAAUACAGUUAAAGAUAAAUCUAAACGAGUCGGUGUUACUCUUGGUAUAUUGUCUUUGGGUCGAGUAGCAAUUAUCCUUCAAGCGUUUACCAAUUUACAAACAUCAAUUGUUAUUUCAGUUCGUUACUCAGCUGCAAGACGUCAAUUUGGAUCUGCCGGGGAUUCUCAAGAGUGGCCUGUCCUCGAAUAUCAAUCGCAGCAAUGGCGACUAAUACCUUAUAUCGCGGCUGCUUAUGUAAUUCAGAAUUUCCACCACGUCUUUUUCAAAGAGUAUAUCAACUUUUUUAUAUCUAUGGCUUAUGGCGGAUCAACUACUGAUCAAACCGAAGUUGGCUCAGAAAUUCAUUCGCUUUCGUCUGUGGGUAAAGCGAUGGUCGGUUGGAUGGCUCGUGAUGCCAUACAAGAAUCACGAGAAGCUUGUGGAGGUCAUGGUUAUUUAAAGGCUUCUCGUUUCGGCGAACUAAGAAAUGACAACGACGCAAACAACACUUACGAAGGCGAUAAUAACGUUCUUCUUCAACAAACGUCUAAUUGGUUGAUUAAACUGUAUCGUGAGAAGUGUGAUGAAGGUAAACCAAUGAAAUCGCCUCUCGGUUCAAUCAAUUACAUAGAUUCCAUAGAGACAAUCUUAUCAAGCUCAAUGAGGCCCGAUGUUGCGACUAACAUUGAUUCCCUUAUCCACUCAUAUCAAUUUCUAGUCUGCUGGUUAUUGAAACAAUCUUCAGAAAAGCUCACUCGUGAAUUGGACAAGGCUGGAGGCGACGUUUUCAUCGCUAAAAGCUCAUCACAAGUAUACUAUCUUCGAUCUUUAGCAAUUGCCUACUUCGAAUGUGAUAUAAUCUCAAGGUUCCAUAAUUUCUACUCUGAAGAUCCCAUAGAACCUGAAUUAAGAUCAGUUUUGGCUCGAUUAAAUCUUCUUUUUGGCCUUUGGACAUUUGAGAAACACUUAGCCACCCUUUAUGAAGCUGGACAUAUCCAAGCGAAUUUAGAUUAUCCUGUUACCUUGAUUCGCGACAACAUUUUAGCCCUUUGUAGCUCAUUGAAAGAUGAUUCUGUUUCCUUGGUCGAUGCUUUAGCUCCACCAGAUUUCAUCUUGAACUCUUCUCUCGGUUAUUCUGAUGGUAAAAUAUAUGAACACAUUUGGGAAGCGCUGAUUGAAAAUAAAGACGCUCUCAAAAGGCCUGAUUGGUACACGGAAUUCACUGAUAAUAAACCAACUCCUCGCCAAGCUCAUUCUAAUAAUGUCCGAGCUAAAUUGUGAUCUAAUGAUAAAUCUUCCACUCAUCCAUUCCAGAUAACACAAAUUGCUUUUUUUAAAUCAUUUGCGCAUCUUUGGCAAAAGUUAACUUAAUCACAACGAUUGAUUUGACUUGUUUAUUUCUCUUCACUCAUAUUCUGUUAAUUGUUUCACGAUUAUCAUGAACUAUUAUCAUCUCUUGAUUUCGUAAUUAAAUAAUUUAAUCUCCU